AUGUCACGACGAUCAGAUCCGCUCGAUUGCAAAGUAUACGUUGGAGGCUUACCACAAGAUGCUACAUCUCAGGAGCUUGAAGAUGCAUUCAAUCGUUUUGGCCGCAUACGUAAAGUUUGGGUUGCUCGACGUCCGCCAGGAUUUGCGUUUGUGGAAUUUGAGGAUGCUCGUGAUGCUGAGGAUGCUGUAAAAGCAUUGGAUGGAACAAGAAUUUGUGGCGUACGCGCUCGCGUGGAAAUUUCACAUGGUCGUCGACGAAAUGGUGGCUAUGGCGGCGGUGGGGCUGGUGGAGGUGGUAGUUAUUAUGAGGGUGGCCGUCGACGUUCAAGGUCGCCAUACUACCGGAGGACACGCAGCCGUUCCAUCACACCACCACCACGUAAAUCGCCUCGAUAUGACGAAAGACGGAGUAUGAGUAGAAGCUUAAGCAGCAGUGAAUUGGAGAAAAAACAUGAUGCGAAGAUUUCUGAUUUUAUCCCUUCUGCUCUGUUAUUGCUAAUUGUAAGAGGAAAAAAUAGUCAAGUUAUUGGUUUUGGUUAUCCAUUAGAGCAUUUCCAAAUAAGUGAAAUGGUGCUAAGAAAAGUUGUGUGGAUUUUGAUCAGUUAUAUUUGA